AUGCCUGGUAGGUUUCAGGCCCGGAAGUACCGGUUCACCAAGGACGCGGACACGAAGUGGCUGCUGGGAUCGAACAUGAGCCUUGGAACACUGGACGUUGCGAGAGAGUUUCGAAAGAGUAAUUCAGCUCCAGACCUCUACACUAUCACAUGGAAGAAUGAAGUAGACAUAAACGUCAGAGCGUCAUCGGACCAGAACAGCUGCGAAAUCACCGCCUCCGCCUUGCUCUCUACAGGCCUCUUCCUCCUGACUGACUUCGAAAACUGCAGUGUCAAACUUGUCGACGUCACCACCCACACCGUCACGUCCCGCAUCGAACUGCCAGGCGAGCCCUGGGACGUGUGUGUGCUCCCUGAUGACCAGGCCGCAGUCACUCUACCGGAUAAGUCCAUGAUUCAACUGCUGUCUACACAAGGAGGACAGUUGUCGUUUGAAAAGGAAAUUAAAGUAUCCUCUGGUUGUCGUGGUAUUGCGUAUUGCAACAACAGAUUAUACGUGUCUUACGUAUAUAAGCCAAGUAUUGAAGUAAUGACAUUGGGUGGUCAUAUAAUAAGUACAUUCCAAACAGAUGAUGGAAGACCACUUUUCCAAAACCCACAAUAUCUGACUGUGUCAGCUACGACACCACCGACCAUUUACGUGUCUGAUUACAAUGCACACGCCGUCCUCCAGCUGUCUCUAGACGGGAAGAUCCUAAGAGAGUACAGGAACGAGAAGGUCAGAAAUCCCGCGUCCAUUGUGGAGGUAGGUCUGGGUCAGCUGCUCGUGUGUUGGAAAGGCAGCCAUACCGUGAUGCUGCUGACGGCGAGGGACGGCAAUCUGAGGGAAAUACUGGGACAUACUGACGGACUGGCCAGCCCCUACUCUGUAUCCUUCUGUCCCCACACACAUACAAUAGUUGUCGGGAUGUACGAGAAUGACUCAUUGAAGGUAUUUAAUGCAAUCUGA